AUGUACAAAGGACAAAUUCACAACAUGCGGGGCAUACAGUCCUCACUGAAAUAUCCUGUUAAAGUUUCAAGGAGGAAUGUGAUGAACGCUGCCCAACCUCGCAAAGAAGGCGACAUUUCUUCAGUCUUCGUUUCUCUCUCCGGAGUCAAGCAAGAGGCUCUCCCAGAACGAUUUGCAGACCAAAAACGACGAUUGAUUGCAGGAAACGAAAAGAAGGUUAAGGAGAGCUGGGACCGACUCUUGCGCAAUUUAAGAGAAGAGGUGCAGAUUAUUGCAGAGCGAGGAAGCAGCGUUAUACCUUCCAUUGACUUCAAGGAUAUCAAAAAUGCACCCAAGAGCUUUCAGCAGGAACUCAGGAAACGAGGUGUUGCAGUUGUUCGCGGUGUUGUUCCUGAGAACGAGGCUCGAUCCUACAAGGAAUCGAUUGAGGACUACGUCGAAGCCAAUCCACACACAAAGGCUUUCCCACCCAAUGACCCUCAGGUAUUCGAACUGUACUGGUCACAAGCCCAGAUGAAGGCCCGUACCCAUCCUAACACGCUCGAGACCCAGAGCUUCCUCAUGAGCUUCUGGCACUCCAAUGUUGCCGACGCUAUGGUCGCCCCGACACAUCCUCUCACAUACGCUGAUCGCCUGCGAAUUCGUCAGCCAGGUGAUGCAGGCUUUGCACUGGGCCCUCACAUUGAUGGCGGUAGUGUGGAGCGAUGGGAGGACAACGGAUAUGGCAGGGGAAAUGUCUACCAGGCUAUCUGGGAAGGACGAUGGGAAGAAUUCGACGCAUGGGAGGCCAGCUGCCGUAUUCCUGCCGUCUCAGAUCUCUACAAUGGUGCUGGCGCAUGCUCUAUGUUCCGCAUGUUCCAGGGUUGGCUUAGCAUGUCUCACACAGGGCCUAAAGAAGGUACACUGUUAGUGAACCCUCUGCUAUCCAUGGCUACUACAUACAUCCUCCUACGACCAUUCUUCGAACCCAUUUCCGCACCUCCUGCUGGCGCCUCACGCCUAGCCCUCGAUACCUAUCUAGACCCUAGUAACUGGCGCCUGGAAACCAACAUGUCCAGCAAGAUUGAGGGUGCUACCCCGGGCUUCUCACAGGAGCUGAGUGAUGUUCUACACCCUCAUCUCUGUCUAGACCGAACUAUGGUCCAUGUGCCCCGCAUUGCUCCCGGAGACUAUGUGGCCUGGCACUCUGAUGGCAUUCAUGCUGUCGACAAGGUUCACCAGGGAGCUGGCGACUCCAGUGUUAUGUAUAUUCCUGCAUGCCCAGUCACCGAGGAAAAUGCUCAAUAUGUCCAGCGCCAGAAGCAGGAUUUCCUGGCUGGUGUUCCUCCUCCUGAUUUCCCUGGUGGUGAAGGUGAAACCCGCCACAUUGGGCGAUUUACUGAGGCCGAUCUUCGUCAGUCCGGAGCAACCGAUGCCACUCGUUCGUUAGGGUUUGACACCUGGAAUACCGAGGGGAAGAAUCUCAAAUUCGGUGAGGCUGCUGUUUUGAAGAAGGCCACAGAGAUCUUUGGUCUUUAA